AUGAAUGGGUUGAUUAGCGGAGCGCGUCGUUUGUCGUGGUUCUAUUAUAACGUCCUCGUACUGUUUGUUAUUUAUUAUUCAGAGUGUACAGUUUCAUCGUUCUUGGCAAAUGAGUUAUGUAUGCCGAUUUUUCAUCCGUUCUGGGUGAAUUCCUGGAACUCAUCGCUGAAAAGGACCAUUCUGCAGACUAUAUUUAAAAUUUUAUUUGAUUGA